AUGUCCGACAUCAGAAUCACGGAAAUCACGUGGGAUUCGCCGUUCUGUGCCGUGAACCCAAAGUUUAUUGCCAUCAUACACAAAGGUGCUGGUGGUCCGUUCUUGGUGCUGCCGGUUAACAAAGUAAGUAUUGCCUCUGUAAAGUAUUUUUUUAGCUUUUGGAGUUUGUAUUACUAUAUCUUGUACUAGUUUAACCAAAAAAUAACUAUAAGUUAGGUGUAAAAUAAGGGUUUUCUACAAACUUUUUGACCAUACUAAUUUUCUUCUUUUGUUUUUGGAUUAUUUUUUAUUCUUGAUCAGACUGCUCUUUCAUAACAUUUUUAUCCCUUUGAGAUUCGGGAAAGUUCAAGAUACACAAGCCAUGAAAACAACAACUGGCAUUCCUAUUAUAUGAAACGUCUAAACAACUUAUAAAAAAAUUAGAGGAACAAGCCUAAAAGAAAAAGUAAUAUAAACUAUCAUCGGUUUUAAUACUACCAAGAAGCUCAUUAAAUCUCUAAAUUACAAUAAUACAAAUAUACUUAUUAAAAUCAACAAAAAUCACUAUUUAGAUCGGCAGAAUUGAGAUGGACUGUCCAUUCGUAGAUGCUCACAAAGCUCCUUGUCUGGAGAUCAAGUGGAGUCCUUUCAAUGACCACGUCAUUGCCAGUUGUUCAGAAGACACCACGGCCAAAGUAUGGCUGAUCCCAAAAGGAGGUCUAGUACGAAACCUCACUGAACCAGUAGUUGAACUUGCGGGUCAUCAAAAACGUGUCAACACAAUUGAGUGGCAUCCGGUUGCCAAUAACAUUCUGUUCACAGCUGGUACGGUUUAUAUGUUUCUUGGACUAUAUGUAUAUCGUAGGAAGAGUAUCACUGUUGAUAUUACAUUACGGUACUAAAAUCUUUGUACCAUCUCUUUUUUAGGUGGAGAAAACACUAUCCUAGUCUGGAACGUCGGAACAGGCGAAGCUCUAAUUGAAAUUGCUGGCCAUCCAGACCAAAUCUGGUCUAUUGGUUUCAACUACGACGGUAGCCGCUUCGUCACAACAUGUAAAGACCGUAAACUUCGUAUUCUCGAUUCUCACAGUGGUCAGAUUCUGCACGAAGGUGAAGGUCACGAAGGUAUCCGACCUCAACGUGCCGUCUUUGUUAAUAGUGACAGAAUAUUCACUACUGGCUUCACCAAACGUUCUGAACGAUUGUAUGCUUUGAGAGCUCAAGAAAACCUGUCUCAGCCAUUGAUCGAAGAAGAGAUUGAUACUAGCAAUGGAGUACUGUUUCCAUACUACGAUGAAGACAGUAGCAUCAUGUAUGUGGCUGGAAAGGUAAGUUUUGAACGCUCAAUAAAGAUUCAUUUCUGUAACUGUUGUAGCCUGGCAAUAAUAAUAUCUGUAUGAUAACUACAGUACUGAGAAUGCUAAAAAUGCUACCUAAUUUACUAACUAAGAAAUAAAAAAAUUAUUUUAGGGUGGAAGUGCUAUACUUUACUAUGAAAUCAACGACGACCCACCGUAUGUGCACUACAUCAACACUUACAGUACUAACGAACCUCAAAGAGGUAUCGGAUUCAUGCCAAAGCGCGGAUUAAACCACAAAGAAAACGAGAUUGCACGGUAUUUUUACUUUAUACUGACGUUUCUUUUCAAUAUAUGUUGGAACACAGUAAUACAACUCUAACUUUAGAAUGUACAAGGUCACCACAAAAGGUGUCGUUGACAACCUCCAAUUCUUUGUCCCUCGUAAGAGCGACUUGUGGCAGGCUGAUUUGUACCCCGACACUCGCAGUACUGAACCAGCUUUAACGGCCGAAGCUUGGGCCGAAGGAGCCAAUGCUCCACCAAAACUGGUACCAGUAAACCCAGAAGCCGCUGUAGCCAAGCCAAAGAUCCAAGUAGCCAGAAAAGCCAAUAUUUUGAAUCAACUUCCUCCAAGCCAAAAUGAACCAGCCCCAUCGGCCGCUCCGCCACAGCAACGACAAGCUCCAGUUCAAAGAGCGGCUCCAAGGAAUGACGAUGAUACUGGUAAGCUUUCAAUUGUUAAAAAGGCUUUUUAAAUUGAUAAAAAGUUCUACAAUUUAUUCUAGGCAUCGUUCCAAUUCAACGUGAAGUUCAACGAGAAGCACCAGCUCCACGAAGAGUUGAAAAGGAGAAACCAGCUGAAGAAGCCAAUCCAAUGAUUCCUCGCCAACAAGUAAGUACUCUAUUUAGUAAUACUAAAACUUCUAAUGCUAAUGCAAUAUAAAAGAGUGACUUUUAAAUAAAAUUACAGUUAUAAAAACUCUUAUCUAUACCUUUUUACAAAAAAUGACAAUUGUCAUCACUUUCCGAAAAUCCAAAAAUAACCACUUCAAGUUGUUUACUCAACAUUAUUGACAACCUUUAACCUUUCCAUGACUAACAACACUUCUACAGAUCCAGCUGAGAUCACGGGAACAGCGUGACUCAAUGAUGGGAGGCUCGAACACGGCCGGCCAGAAGCGGGCAGCUGCGGAAUUGGACAGAAUCAGAAGAGAACAAGCUCGUCAUGAACAAGAAGCAGAGGAGGAGAUCCCGCCACGCCCUCGCUCAACCCUCACUGCCAGUACGACGUCGGCCAACCGAGCCAGUGCUACGCCAACCGAUUCGAGACGGUCCAGCAUGAGUUCCAGCCAGACUCAAGGCGGCGGAGAGGUGCGGUUCUUCUACUUUCUAUCUUUUAUAUAAUUAUUACCAUAGUUUUAUAAUGUAGUGGGAAGAUUUUAUGAAACCAGAAGCUCUGAACACGCCAUAUUUUAGUCGACAACCUAGAAAAAGUCAACUAAAACGUCUUGAAAAUGACAAACUUGACUACUUUAUGACCAAAUUCAGCCCAUAAACAAUAACUAAACUUCACGUUUUAGGUCCCCGGGUCGAUGGAUGAACUCAUACAAACUCUGGAACGUAUGAAAGCCGUAAUCCGACAACACGAACGCCGAAUUCGAAUCCUAGAAGAAAACGCAGCAGAAAACAACAUGUCCAGCGCAUAUGGUUUCUAA